AUGCAUUCCUGUCACAAUACGAUACUAAACGUAGACUCCGUUUACUACAGUUUUAUUAGAGUUAUUUUGGUUUUCUCAACUUUUAUUGGAUUUAAAUGUCGUUUAAAAGCUCCGGCGAUGAACAGAGUGAAGACGGCGAACUGCGUCAAAGCCCUUUAUUAAAUCGCAAGAAAAAUGACAUAAUGGAUUUCAGUUUAUCUGAAGAAGAUCCUGAUACUAUGGAUGGACUGGAUAUUAAACCUCCACAGGCUCAUGCACCAGGACAAAGUUCAAGAAGUAAAAGACGAGAUCAUGAGAGACAUCAUAAACAUCCUGACAGACAUAGGGAGGAGAGACAUGCUCACAGGAGUAAACAUAGAGAUAGAAAAGAGCGCGACGCGCAUUAUUUGCGUGAAAAAGAACGCUACUAUAAAGAAAAAGCCAACUAUGAGGCAAGUAUGUACAACCAAGAAAUGCAAUACAUGACCGAACGCGCACACCGCGAGCGUAAAGAAGAAUCGAGCACCAGAAGACAUUCCGAGCGUAAGCAUGAAGAGAAGAAGAGAGAAUCUCGUGAAGGCCGUCUUUCCGAUGGUAGACAUCAGCGCGAAAAAUACGAAGACGACCGCCGUUCUGCAGGCGAUAAAACUCUGAAUGAUUUACGCGCACGUCUGCUUAGCAAACGAACAAGCACCAAAAGUGAAGAUGAAUAUUUCCACAUUGAGAAGGAAUUGUCAAUGAGUCGGAAAUAUCGCGAAGAAGAAAGCAUGGAUACAUUACUACAAGGUGAAGCAGGGAUGUAUGUCAAAGAUAUUAUUAACAUCAGUUCUGGAGAUGAUUCUAGAAGGCAUAGGAGUGUAGCACACAGGGAUGAUGAUAAGUUGACUGAGGAGGAGCGAAUCGAACAGGAAUUGCGCAGAGAAAAGCUGCUUGAGGCUGAGAGAGAAAUGGCCAGACAAAAGGAAUUGCGUGAACGCCGUCAUCUUGAGAAACAAAAACGUAAACUCGAAGACGAUCUAUCAGCGCACAAGCGAGCUAGAGUCGAGGACCACAUUGUGCUCUCGGAUAACACCGAUUCGGAUGAGGCAGAACCAGUUUCCGAUUAUCACGAGAACGAUAGCGCAAAUGAAUCAAAAGACAGCGGCAGCGAACGCAGCUCAGCUCACAGUAGAUCCCAUUCAUCCGAAAGAGAUUCAGCUCGGUCUCGUACCAAAUCUCGUUCGCGAUCACCAUCUAGAUCGAGAUCCAGAUCCGCGAGCGCAAGUUAUAGGAGUGGUGAAAAGUCACGAUCAACAAGCCCUAUUGAUAAUGGCAAUAUCAAUUCAAACGAGUAUGAAGAACGACGUUUUAUCCACGAGGUACCUGACGAAGAGAUGGAAAAGACAGAGGGUGAAAAAGAGACCAUAGAAAAACCAAUGGAAAAAGAAGAGGAAGUGAAGACUGAAGUGAAGAAAAUCGACGAUGAUUUACCACCAUAUUUCCCAGCUAUCCAGGGCUGUCGAUCAGUUGAAGAAUUCCAAUGCCUAAACCGCAUUGAAGAAGGAACCUACGGAGUUGUCUAUCGGGCUAGAGAUAAACGAACUGAUGAUAUCGUUGCACUGAAACGACUUAAAAUGGAAAACGAAAAAGAAGGUUUUCCGAUUACUUCUCUAAGAGAAAUUAACACGCUGUUAAAAGGACAACAUCCAAACAUUGUUACAGUGCGAGAGAUAGUCGUAGGUAGCAACAUGGAUAAAAUAUUCAUUGUCAUGGAUUACGUUGAACACGAUCUCAAGUCGCUGAUGGAAACAAUGCGACAUAAGCAACAGACAUUCACAGCAGGAGAAGUUAAGUGUAUAUUAAUGCAAUUAUUGAAAGCCGUAGCACAUUUACACGAUAACUGGAUUCUACAUCGUGACUUAAAAACGUCAAACUUAUUACUCUCGCAUAAAGGUAUUCUAAAAGUAGGCGAUUUUGGUCUUGCACGAGAGUAUGGUUCACCUCUCAAGCCUUAUACAUCGAUAGUUGUUACCUUGUGGUAUAGGGCGCCCGAAUUAUUACUUUGUGUAAAAGAAUAUUCUACACCAAUAGAUGUGUGGUCCGUGGGUUGCAUAUUCGCCGAGUUGCUUCUAAUGAAUGCAUUAUUUCCGGGCAAGGCGGAAGUUGCUCAACUUAAUCUUAUCUUCAAGUUAUUGGGAACACCGAAUGAAAUGAUAUGGCCAGGCUACAAGAAACUGCCGGCUGUCAUGAAAAUGAAAUUUACUGAAUAUCCAGUAUCGAAUUUACGGAAUAAAUUCCCGACGAUAUCAGAGUCCGGUUUGAAUUUACUUAAAAGUUUUCUCACUUACGAUCCAGCGCAGAGGGUUACAGCGGAAGAUGCACUCACCCAUCAGUAUUUCACCGAAGUACCGCUGCCUAUUGACCCGGCGAUGUUUCCUACAUGGCCGGCGAAGAGCGAACUCGGACAUCGGAAAGCGCUCGCUGCAAGUCCCAAACCACCGCGCGGAGGACCAGACCUCAAACAGCGAGAUGAAGUUGCUGAUGAUGGGUAUGGCUUCCGUAUUGGUAUAUCCGCAGCUGACAGUCGUCGUUUGCAAAUGGGAGGUGGAUUCAACUUAAAGUUUUAAAGAUAAGUUUAAAAAGUUAUAUAACAGUCUGUAAUUAAAAUAUCCACAUAAAUAUUAAGUUAGAGUUAAAUAUAACGCCUCAAUUAAAAGUUAAAAUAAAGUCGGGUUAAAAAAAA